GACACUUGAUCAUUCCACCUCUUGGAUCUUUCAAAACUCGGCGUUCCUUUAUCUUACGCAUAUUACUUCAUUUUCUUUAUUUAUAAAUAUUUCGUCGCAAAACACAAUUACCGUCUGAUGAUGGAAGGAUUAUACACUGACAGCAACAAUGCGAGAUCGCAUGUGUGUGUUUAAUAAAUAUUACACAAUUAUCUCAGUACGUUGAAAGGGAUUGAUUUGCUUUUGAAGGUUUAUGAAGAUCCUUAAAGUGUGUCUGCAAUGGUUUUGCAUGUAGGAUUUAUCGGAGUUCUUGCCUGUAUUGCAGUGAGUGUUAAAAACACAGAUGCAUGCUCGUGGGGAGAAUAUGACAAAUGCCCAGACUGGCCAAGUUGUUCCAAAAGUUGCGGAGGUGGUACACAAUGCAGGACUUGUGAAUCCUGUGUAUUGAGCAUUGAUAAAGACUUUUGUCAAAACUGCAAUGAACAUUGUCUGCAUGGACAUCCAUACGUUUUUGGGAGAUGUGUCUGCCCUGGUUGGAGGAGGGGCGACUGUUGUGAGCAAUGCAACGAAUACUACAUACCCCAUUGUGGGCCUGGACAACACCAAUGUGGUGGAUACCCUGACGGCAUCAUGUGUACCCAGUGUCAGGACCCGUAUUAUUCUGGAGGGCAAAAUGGAGGAUGUUUAGAAUGCCCAUACAUCACUCAAUGUCUGCACAGACACUGUACAAGCGCACGUGACACAAUGUGCCUGGAGUGUUAUGAAAACAAAGCUGUUUUCAAGCCGUGGAAUGGCGACACAGAAUGUCAACGCAUGUGCGCUUUUAACAAACACUACUGCUGGCCUGGAACAUGUGGUACUGAUGGACUGACGAAGGACUGUCAGUGUGCCCAUGGCUUUGUUAAAAGGUUCACAGAGGACUACAGCGCAAUCAAUGCUGGAGAAACAACAUGUCAGCCAAAGAUCCCUCCAGAAAUAUUAACGUGCGAUACCGUGGCAGUCGGACCGAAUGGAGAAAAGAAGCAGGCUUUGAGCACUGCUAAUUCAACUGAAUGCCAGUACCUAGCGGAUAUGUACGGACACUAUCAACCAGUACAAAUGCAAUUCAAAAUGGCUUCAGAAUUUACUGUUACUUUCAACAACUCCAGACCAGACUUCAUCAAAGAAGAAAACUUUGGCAUAAGUGACAGUGCGAUUCACAUAAUGAUCCAAACCGUUACAGGGACGUAUAUAACCAAAUCAACCCACAAACAAUUAGAAGAUAUGAACUCUAGUAUGAAUGUGGUGCGAACGCAACACGACGCUGGCAAUAUAAGUGUAACCGACACGACAUAUAAACUACAGAAUGGGGAGGCACUGUGUUUGGAGUUUGAAGCAAAUGGAGGUGGCUACUUGAAAAGCAUUGAUAUACGGGCCUCAUUGCAUACAGCAUCGAACCCAGUUCCUUACACCAAAGUCACACAAAAAAGAAAAGUAUGUUACCGAUACGACACUGUUGCACCAGAACAUUGCUCUACGUAUAAAUCGUGUUCGACCGAACCAUUGGUAAUUUCAAAUCGUGUUACACGAUCGGCAAUUUCAAUAGUCGACUUCAGUGGUUGGUCCGACCCAAUGCCAGUCGGGGGAGGAAAUUAUACGGCAUCGUCUAUCGAGAGCUAUGAAGUAAGGGUAAAUGAAGUACCUCCUUCAAAUGGAACUUUACGUGUUGAUUACAGUAAGACUACAUUAGGUACAAACUUGACGUCCGAAAUUCAUACCUGUAGCCUUAAUCUGACGUCUUAUUCUCCACGACUAUAUUGCAUAACUCUAGAGGUGAAAGAUGUUGCAGACAAUGUACGACAAACGAGAAGAUUUAUGUUAUAUGACAACUCAAGCUUUAUUGAAACAUGGACAGAAAAACAAUUUCGGUUCGAUUCGGCAUCACCACAAACUAAUUUUACUUGGCAAACAAACCACAACAACGUUUGUAUCAGUUGGAAAGACUAUUUUAUAAACAAGUUUUAUUUCGAUAAUCAAGUGCUGAAUCCAAUUGAACCAGAACCAAACGGCCUCAUAAAUGGAAUCUAUGAACAAAGUACUGGUCUUCUGCCUGUCAGCGGCACACCUAAUGUGCAUGGAAUAACAAAAUAUUUUGUAUCUUGGCGCCUCAACAACGGUCAUGAUUAUCCAGAAAAACUCGUUCAAGACUUUCAGAAUCAGAGUUUAUGUACACAUUUAAAUAUUUCCGAUGGACAAACAUACACGUUCAACAUUCGUCCAGUAGACAUAGUCAACAACACGUACAAUGAGUCACGAACAGUUUACAUAGACCGAUCACAUCCUCACAUCAACAAUAUUUGGUUGAAGAAAGACGGAUAUGAGACGUUAUAUGUUCACAACAGCACUGAUCUAUCUAAGAUGCAGAUGACCUUUGAUGCGUUGGACCCACACAGUGGACUUCACACGAUUAACUGGGUUUUUGGAAUCGCCGAUACCUCUACCGUGCUUUUACAAGAGCAUCUGGCUGUAAACAAAAUCAAUAUGACAUGUCCAUUGUACUCCUCGGAUUGUUACUGCCCAAUGAUAGGAUUAUGUGAACUUUCCCAUUACUCAAUUCCACUCAAUAAGCUAGUCAAAGAAGAUAAGAAUACGGGAAACCAUAACAGAAACUACUUUUUCACAAUAACUGUUACCAAUAAUGCGAUGAUAUCAACGACAGAACAUAUUGAAGUGCUCGUAGAUGAUUCUCCGCCCGAAGAAGGAGUGGUUUUUGAAGGACCUGUCGACUCUAAUGAUAUUGAUUACACGAGUGACGAUUCUUUUAUUGUACAUUGGCAUGGCUUUAUUGACCACGAAAGUGGAAUCAAACUUUACAGAAUAGGUCUUUCCGACAUAUGUUUGACAAGGAAGGAUUUUUACAAUUUAAGUGAGGUGAAUGCUAGUUUUAUUUACAAAGAACUACCUUUUCAAGAAACAUCUGUUCGCCUCCCGACCAAUUUUACAGGAAAAAGAUUUGUGACUGUAGUGGCACUAAAUAAUGCAAUGGAAUCGUCUAAUACCGUUUGUUCUGACGGAAUAACUCGCGAUAUGUCGGCUCCUGCAAUACGAAACUUAACGUUACAAAAUGCGGUGUGGUCCGAGAGUAUUGUUUGUCAUAAAGGACGACCUCAUUUAUUGCAGUCUAACUUUCAGAAGGUCCCUCUUAAUAACACGAUGGUUUGUUCCAAUUUGUGUAAAGCGACGCAUGAAACCGUAAUAGCAGACUACUUGCGAACUUAUUCAGCUGCAAGCAAAGAUGAAGAAAUUUCGAAUUUCCUUUGCAGAAACCUUCCUGUCUACACAAAUGAAAGUAUUGUCGUCCUGCCUACUGAUCAUAUAUUUCUUGAAUGGGAUGUCGAAGAAAGUGACAGUCAAAUUGAAGACUUUUGUGUUGGAUUCGGUGUAGACGCGACAGAUAAAAUCUCCCCGAGUUUGGUCGACUUCAUUUCAACUGAGCGGAAGCAAUAUUUUAGACACAGUCAUGUUGGAAUAGGAUCUGAUGAACUGUUUUAUAUAUUUAUCAAAACUGUUAACAAAGCUGGUUUAUCGAGCGUUUCAACAUUGGGCCCUAUCCUUAUCGAUCAAACACCACCAUUAUACAAUAAUAUUCCAAAGGUCUCUUUUGAAGAAAACCAUAUUAUGUUUGCCUGGGAAUACAAUACCUUUUAUGACGAUGAACAAAUUGCGCAAAUCAAUCAAAUAAAGUUUCAACUAGGUCACAACGAAAAGACGGUUAGUCCACUUCUUGAAUGGAGAUUGGAUUCAUCGUCACCAUGUCCGCCGCACUCUGGAGGGUGCAUCCGGUAUCCUAUUUCUCGUCUGAUGAAUCGAGACACGGGUGAUAGUUUACAGUUCUAUCUUAACCUUCACAUUUACAAUAAUGCUGGUCAUUUUACCUCAAUCAGAACUGAACAAUUCCGACUGCCGUCUAGAUAUACACCUGGGCAAGGGAUUGUGAUUGAUUUAGACCCCGAGGAGACGAAUACAUCAACGGAUAUUGACAUUCAUUUUACGGAACAUGUUGUAUGUGCUUGGUGGAUGGGUUUUAAACAUCAUGAGAACGUUUCACUUGAAGUUGGAAUAGGUUCAAACUCUUCCACGGCUGAUGUGGUUGCAUUUAAAAGUAUUUCAUCCGACCUCAACCAACUCUGCUUGAACUCGAGCUCACUUGUCAUCAACGACGUUCACUUUUUCCUUAUCAGGGCAAGAUGUAGUGGUGGGUCAACAAUAUCGUCUUCCAAUGGUGUAAAAAUAUACCAUCGCAAGACGCUGGAAAACGGAUUGCAUGUGAAAAUAGGUCAAAAUUGUCUUACCAACUUUGAAUAUAUAACAAACGUGUCUUUGAUUAAUUAUAACACAAUGACAAUAAUUCCCUUUUCAAUGACAAUUGGACACAGGUUCUCAUUGUUUUCCGAAGACGAAGGAUUGGAAAAUGUUGAUAACAUUACAUCAAGGGAUGGUAUUAUCAAGAAAGAAGGAAAUGUCUAUUAUUUAAUACCAUUUAUGGAAAAGCCAACUCUACAAAUUAAACAUAGUUAUCUUUAUGAACACACAUUGCUUUUAAAAAUCAAUAGAUGUCCGUAUGAGACCUUCCAGCGAAUCAGCAAUCAACAAAAUAUUAGUUGGAUACUAAAUGCAAACAAGACAAAGGAGGAUCUUUUAUUUUCGGUAGGACUAUUUGAAGUUCUAGAUGGCAACGGUUCUGUCGAGGAAAAUGUAGUAGUACCUUUUCAAAAACCUGUUAUUGGAAGUAGUUACACAAUCCUCGACGUUUCGUUGGAUGAUCAAAUAUCUUAUCAGGCAAAGAUAAAGAUCUGUAACAAUGUCAGAUGUCUACCACCAAUAAAAUCCAGCAUGUUCACUGUAGAUAAGAAAGGACCUCAAAUUUCGGUCACACAAGCGGAGAUAAAAGUGAAAGAAACUGUAGAUUGCGUUCAUUUAGCGGCGUCAUGGGAAUUUACCGGAGAUGUCAAACGUUUAGGUUUUUUUCAAUGGUCACUGAGUCGAGACAACAAAGGCGUUUACCUUCUCACUGUAUGGAAUAAUGUACUGUCUACAGGCACGCCAGAGUUAAAGGUAGAGGAAUGCGUUGACCUGCCAGACCAUGGGCAUGUACGAACAUUUGUGUGUGUUCGAGUAUUUUUACUGAGCGGAUUAUCAAGUAUGAAUUGCCAGAUGACGACGAAAGAUAACUUCGGAUCAUAUUCGAUUAAAACUGUAUAUGACCUCGAUACGUCGAAUGAGAGCUGGAUACAAAUACAAAAGAUGUUGCUAAGUUCAAACAUCGGACACCAUUACUCUCUUCUUCACGAUUCCGAACUGAACAUAGGAAGUGCCAACUCAGCAGUAGCUGGUGCUCUUAUGUACGCUUCCGAACGGCCAGUCGCUUGGUAUCUCAUGAAGACGCAGAAUGUGCCAGGCAAUUGUGAAAACGACGUUAACUGUAUCGUAAAAUAUGAUACACAUUCAGGUUAUGCGGAAUUCGACAAGAACCUUGUACUUCUAAAUCAAAUUUACUAUAUAUGCGCAUUUUCCAAUUCCACUGAUGUACAAAGGGAAUUGUUUACUGAGGUAUUAGAGGAGAUAUCGUCUUGCAGCAAUGGUUUUAUACUGGACAACAGUCCACCAAAUAAAGGUCAGGUACAAGUUCAAAAUCAUCAAGGAUUUGUAACAAAUCCUCAAAGCGUCUUAGUGACUUGGAUCGGAUUUGAUGACAACGUCGACGCUUCCGUAUUCGGAUAUCCAAGCAAACUACGAACUUUCUCUGUUGGAAUAGGUUCACGAUCGGGAAGUAACGGUAUAGCUGAAGUCGUAAGAACAGGAUUCGAAUCAUCGGCAGUUAUACAAAUGCAAAAUAUGCCAGACGGAAGUGCGGUGUUCUUCACGGUGAAUGCUACCGAUUACGCGGGCUACGUCUCAAGUUCAGACUCAUUGGAACUGACCAUAGAUACUUCACCACCUUCCCCAGGCUCUGUCGAAAUUCUGAAUAAUCUUAAAAGAAAUCAGUUCAUUAACCACGAAUUAGCCAGUCUCCGGUUCGAAGGGUUUUCGGAUCCACACAGCGGUAUAGAUUAUUUUAAUGUAGGCAUUGGAACAAACGAAGGCAUGACAGAUAUUGCGACAGAUCUGAAAAUAUAUACCGACUAUCUGGAAUUGAAUCUCAAAGACCUUAUUGACGGGCAUCCGUAUUUUAUUGUGGUGCAGGCGGUGAACCAUGCGGGUCUUAUUUCACGACCGGUUUUUAAACGGAUUGUGCUAGACCGAAGUGUUCCCAAUGGAGGAUAUGUUUUGGAUGGAAUUGAAGGGAAACAGGACAUAGACUUUCAAAGUAGCACCGAUGUCAUUAAUGCAAAUUGGAAGAAUUUUGAUGAUCCAGAAAGUGGUUUAGCAUUCUUUAAAGUUGGUCUUGGGUCAGAUCGGUAUGAGGCUGACAUAAGGCCGAUGGUGGUUGUUGGAAUGAUGACUGAUGUUUCGUGGAAUGGUCCAUUCACUCCCGGACAGAAGUACUUCGUUAUUGUAGAAGCAUGCAAUAAAGCAGACCUUUGUACCAGACGUGUGUCGGAUGGCAUAAUAGUGGACAAUUCCCCUCCAAUACGUGGACUUGUGCGUGUAGGUCCAGAUGAAGGCCAUAGCAAAUAUCUUGGCCAUCGAUCGUAUCUACAGAUGAACUGGCAAGGAUUCGAAGAUCCGCAGUCGGAAAUCGAUCACUUUGAAGUUUGCGUGUCCACUCUAAAUGAAUAUUGCGACGUUCUGCAGAAAUCAAACUGCCUUCUGCAUUCUUCUAUCAUCAAGUCAAAUAUGACACUUCCUAGGAACACCGAGCUAGUGGCAACAGUAUGGGCAUUCAACCGGGUCGGCAUGAAUGUUUCUAAAACGUCUGACAUGUUUGUAAUUGACGAUUCUCCGCCUGUCGUAAGACGGUCACCAACAUUUUUACUUACAUAUAACGCAGCUCAUGGAAAGUAUGCCCAGUGGGAAAAGUCCAUUAUUCGUUUAGAAUGGGAAUUUACAGACGACAGAAGCCCUAUUGUCCGACACGAAAUAACACUUAAAACGCAUCACGAGGGUCAUACACCAGUUGAACAUCUGAUUUUAGGAUCAGAACGCCACGUGACUAUCAGUUUAGAUGGAAAGUCGUGGCUAAAUGACGGGGACAAAUACUACGCAGUUGUAACGUCAUGCAACGCGGCAGGACUCUGCUCCUCUGACAGAACGCCCGACCUUUUAAUUGAUUCUUCUCCACCACAUCUAGGCGGCUUUAAACCCCCAAUGACAUGGGCCAAUUACAAUGAUUCAGAUGAUAAUUUGAUUACUAAUUUAAACGUGACAUGGUAUGGAUUUCUUGACCAAGAGUCCGGAAUUGAAAACUUUUACAUUACGGUUUCACGUUACUAUGGUCUGCAUGAGCUUUCAAAUGGACUGAUUACUUUCCCAAACGGAAAUAAAUCGGAAGAAAUACAGGCGUCAAUCGCACUAUCUAAAACAUUUUUGGCUGGCGAUCGUAUAGUGCUUUCAAUAUGGGCGCAAAACAACGUGGGUCUGAACAGUUCAAUUUCAAGGAUCACUGUAAAUGUAAUUUCUAGCACGGCCAACAGCGGAUAUGGGAUUUUAGAAAUUGAAAAGCAUUCGUGCGACGUACAUUUUUGUAACAAGGACUGCACAUGUGCAGUGAUUGGUCUUCCAUGCGUAGAGGUAAUGACAAACAUGAAAUGCAGCAACAUGUCUUAUGCAGAUGCGAUUUCUCGAAAAUUACCUGUAUUUAAUGUAUACGCUGGACUUCCCCACGAGGUUCUGAAUAUCUCGGCGUCAUCAGCUUGCCUAAGCGGUCAUUGGUCACGAAUCGAUGGUGGGAUUGUAUCAGAGAACAUUCGUCGCUUUGAAUGGAGUAUUGGUAUAUUCAAUCAUUCUGUUGGUGAAGGAAUAUAUGAUCUGCAACUAGAAAAUCCUUGGACAGACAUCGGCCUGAGAUCGGAGUUUAUCCAUUGCCUGCCUAUCAAUCGUACAUUUAUCCACGAAACUGAAUAUGUUGUGUAUGUGAGAGCUUGGUUUGAGGCAAACGAAUACGCCAUGUUUGAAUCUUCUCCGAUUAUGAUAGACCAAACUGGGCCCAGUGUUCGACGUGGUCGUUAUAUCAGAGAGGGCAACUGUAUUCAGGACUUGGAUUUCAUUGACUGGUCGGAUUCUAUCAUUGCCUGUUGGGACGGGGUGUUUAUUGAGCAGCAGAGUCGGAUUGAUCACUUCAGCGUCAGUUUUGGAACUUCACCUCACAGCGAUGAUGUAUUUCAUCAACAUGAUGUUGGACUGGCAACAAAUAUAAGUUUAGUCAAUCUAUCUCUGAGCCUAGGAGCACGUUAUUAUGUUACUGUUAUAGCUGUAAACUCAGUUGGGCUUCACACGGCGUUGGUCUCGGAUGGGUUUGUAAUUGAUACGGACAACCCAAUAGAUGGGGUUGUAUUUAACACGAAGCACCACAAAAACACAGAUUUUGUACAUUCAACAAACACCUUUGAAAUGUCGUGGCACGGAUUCCAAGAUCACUAUUCUGGAAUAAAAUACUAUAUGGUGGCUAUAUCAAAUGUCAAAGAGUAUAACAGUACAAAUAUUAGCUUUACGAAUGUCGGUUUGCUGACUGACUACACUUUCACAAACCUAAACCUCAAACAUGGCGAUUCCUAUUCUGGAAUUGUCAAGGCGGUAGACGCGGCAGGACAUGAAAGCAUAACUGUGUUCUCUCCAGCACAGUUAAUCGAUGAUUCCCCACCAAAAGGCUUUAUCUGUGACUCCACUCAACAAUUAGCGAUUGAUAUUUUUUAUCAAGUAAACAAUGAUGACCCUUCUGUUGUUGUCAACGCCACAUUUAUCAAAGAUAACGUAUAUUACAUCAGUGGAAGUGUCCGAAGUUUACAGUAUGAUUUAUUCCCAGUCUUGACAAUUGACCGAUCCAGCGUACCGUUGCCAUUUGAAAAACAACAUAAUGGGGCUUUCCAAUACAAUUAUACCUUUAUAUCGCAAGUUACUGGAGUACAGUCCAUCGAAAUUGCGUUUGGAGCAACUGUUAAAGACGAAAUGUUGCAAAACUUAAAAGUUGAAGAAUGCACUAUGCUGUCUGAAAAUAAUAGCAGUGCCCUUUCCAUGAAGCAAAUUGGACCUUAUUCAGUUGCAGUGAGUGUAUUGAUAAUGGAUGCAGAAAGUGGCAUCAGAACGGUCUCUCUUGGGGCUGGAACUACCAAAGGAGGAUUUCAAAUAAAAAGACUACAUCAAAUUCACAAUCAAAAUAACGUUGGUGUGAUUUUCGCACCUUUUGCGCACGGGACGUCGGUUUAUCUUACAGCAAUUGCUGAAAACCAUGCGGGGCUCAAAACCGUGUUUCAUUCAGAUCCAGCCAUUAUUAUUGAUCACACUGCUCCAAUCCUUACCGAUAUUAAUGUCGCCGUUGCCGUAGACAGAAACAAUUCAGUCUCAUUGCAUGGAACUUGGAAAGUCAAAGACGACGAAAGCGGUGUACAGUUCUGUAAAUUUUCUGUCGGAUCUACAACUUUGACAGAUGAUAUUCAAGCAGAAAAAGAUUCGGAUACACUGCAAUCUUUCCAUUUCGACCGGAAAUACCUUCACCAUGGCGAUAAAGUCUAUGUUACAGUAACAUGUGUGAACAAAGUUGAGCUUGCAACAAUUGUAUUGUCAAAUCCAGUCACAAUUUAUCUUGAUCCACCUAGCAGUGCGCACGCGUUUGUCAACUUUAUGCCCGUAAGUCAAGAAUCCACUUCAAUGAGUGACUCAUUAUUCGGUGAACCAGUUUGGCAGUCAAAUUCAAACAUCUUGCAUAUGGAAUGGGACAACUUUGAGGAUCGUUCGCAGAUAACGUCGUAUAGAUACCGUAUCCUUAGUAACGGCGAGAUUGUUGUUGACUGGAUGGAUUCGGGUCUCAAGAACACGAUUUCCAAUUUUCAUUUGAACUUGAUGUCAGGUCAGACAUACAAUGCUGAAGUAAAAGCAUUGAAUGGAGGUGAUCUCAACAGUUCGAGUAUCCAAUCCUCGUUGGUCCUUGUUUCGGAACCACCUGCUCUUUCAGGUCAACCAGUAGCUAUGGAUUUCCAACAAGGUAAACUAAAAUUAAACUGGAAGAAAGUCUUCAACACUGUCUCUGACGUACCACACCACUACAGCCUGGUUGUCGGGUCUAAAGACGGAUUCUCCGACGUCGUCGAAGUUAUAUACACACGUGACCACGUGUAUGACGUCAUCGUUCCACCAUCCACGUUGGUCUCGCCCGAUCUGAACGAGAUGUUUAUAAAAAUCACAUGUACCUACGGCACGGGGUUGUUUUCAACCUAUAGCACGGCAUACAAACUGUGAUGUACCUUAAUGAAAGUAAUUUAAAUGUAAUGGUUAUUGUUGUUACGUAUUGUUGUAUUGUUUGUUCAAUUAAUGAAAAACAUCACGAAAUUUUGUCACCUAUUGCAAGCGUUUAAAAAACAUUAUUUGUUUUAAUUUGUUUAUGGCAAUUCUUAUUUAUACUUCAAAAUGAACAUAGCAUAAAAACACACUGUUUUGUCGUGUUGAAUUAAACAUACAAACAUUUGUAUUUCUUUACGCUCGAGUGAUUUACAUUGUUAAGCUGUACAUAGUUUAUAUUUUUCUCGUAUUAUACAUAUUAUUGUUUGUUCAAUGUCCUUCAGUUGGCAGUGAUGCUGUGGUCUGCUUCACAUUAAUUAUUUGGUUUUCUUGUGUAAAAUUAUUACUAAACUAGUUUUUAAGUUUCAUUUGAACUAAAUCAAUUGUAGAUACAUUUUGCUUUUUAAUGGGAUCUUUAUUGUUUAACUAGAACAUGUUAUUUGUUUAGGUACAUAACCAAUCGACCAGUCUAUUCGCUUAUUUCAUGUAUACAUUAAACAAAGUUUGAUUUAUGUUAAUUUGUUUUCAGGUAUGAAUACCCAUCAUAGUUGUUCUUAUAUGAUCAUUUAGAUGUUUGCCCUAAUUUUUUUAAACGCAUAUGUUUCUGUGUGCAUGUUGUACAUAACAUUCCGUAUUUUACUUUAAGCCAAUUUAUUCCAUCCGCUGGUGUUAAUGCAACUUUAUUACUAUUACAGUUGAGCGUGAUUGUGGUCUGUUUGUAUGCCCCCGAAGGAGGGCAUAUAGUGAUCGGACCGUCCGACCAUCCGUCUGUCUGUCUGUCUUUCCGUCACAAUGUGCGUUUAGGUUUCGAAAAAUGAUCAUAACUUCUAUAUCCCUUCAGAUAGCAACUUGAUAUUUGGCAUGCAUGUGUAUUUCAUAGAGCUGCACAUUUUGAGUGGUGACAGGUCAAGGUCAUCCUUCAAGGUCAAAGGUCAAAUAUAUGGAUUCAAAGCGGCGCAGAUGGGGGCAAUGUGUUUCUGACAAACACAUCUCGUGUUGAUAAUGUUUUUGAUGUCGUUGUUGUUUAUGUUGUUGCUGUUUUAUAGUCAGAUCUUAAUUGUUUAACAUAUGUUAUAAUUCAUAGAUUUAUAAUCGAUCGUACGUCCGCUUCCCGUUUGAUAAUAUACAGACUGUGAUAUCAUAUAGUUUGAUUUUUUGCCAGGAUGGAUAUAUACAAUUAUCAUUUUUAGAGUCCGGUGGUGGUUUUAGGGUUCUUUUUUACUUUAAUAAACAGAAUUCAUAUUGA